AGCAAGACAGAAAAGGCUUAAUAGAUUCUAGAGAGAGAGAGGGUUUUUUUUUUCUUUUAUUUUUAACAGUGAGAGAGAGAGAGGAUUUUCUUUUUUCUUUUAUUUUUAACAGUGAGAGAGAGAGAGAGAGAGAGAGGGUUUUAACACAUGAACCAGGGGAAAGAGAGGGUUUAACAGAUGAGAGACAAGAGAUAGAGAGAGGGCAUAGCAGGAGUUUUAAGUCGUGAGAGAGAAUUACGUCGAGAGAGAGUCUAGGGACAUACGCUUCUUCCUCCCCCUUGCUUCUCCCUGAAUUCUUAAGGGCUAGAGACUAACAAAUGUAUCUGUGCAACAAAAUGCGUCUUCUAUGGAGUAAUAGAAUCAUUUUCCCUCUCAUUCCCUGAAUUCUCACGUACUCAUACAAUGGCGCUUGUGGUUUUGUAUUUGAAUUCCAUUUCAAUUUCUUGUUCUCGCCAUUUAUCCACUGAUUCGAACCUUUGGAAUGAGAAAAUUACACUGAGAAUCAAUGACAGAAGAAGCUCUUGCAUGGUUUUCUCAUCACAUUCGAAUCCUCGAAUGCUUAAACCCAACCGGCGGUCCAGAUUUGGCAAGCAGCUGCCCACUUGUGAUGAUGAAGAACCAUUGCUUUCUGAUGAGGAAUCUAUGGAAAUGGAAGAAAUAAAAGACGAUUCGUUUAUAGGUGCAAAGCCAUUGGGAUUUGCAUCAAAGAAUGACGCAAAACGUUUACAGGGAAUCUACAAGUCAUUGCGAAAGUUGCAGGAAGGUAAAACCCCUAAAAUUGCAAGAGAAAGUAACAGUCCAUAUCCAUCCCAGGAAAUAAAGUAUGUCCAAAAAGCCCAAGGUAAAGUAAAUUCAAGUUAUGCUGGUCAAGCUAAAGAGCAAUUACAGGAUCAAGGUUCAAUGGAAGGCACACGCGACCAGGAAAAAGUAAAGACCGGAAAAUUCACGGAAAGCAGGAUCCGCCAAAUGUCAGAAGAGUUGGAUCUCGAUGAAAAAUGGUUCCCCUUGAUUGAGUACUUGAGCACUUUCGGAUUAAAAGAGUCACAUUUCACCCAAAUCUAUGAGAGGCAUAUGCCUAGUCUACAAAUUAAUUUGGAAGCGGCACGAGAAAGGAUGGAUUUCUUGCUUAGCCUUGGUGUGAAGCAGAGGGAUAUCAAAAAGAUAAUAUUGAGGCAGCCCCAAAUUCUAGAAUACACAGUAGAAAACAAUCUCAAAUCCCAUGUUCAAUUUCUUCUUAGCUUGGGCGUGCCCCAUUCCAAGCUUGGAAGAAUAAUUAGUGCUGCUCCAUCACUCUUCUCAUAUAGUGUGGAGCAAUCUCUAAAACCCACAGUUCGAUAUCUGGUUGAAGAAGUGGGUAUCAAAGCAACAGAUGUAGGCAAAGUUGUGCAGUUGAGCCCCCAAAUUCUGGUUCAGAGGAUUGAUGAUUCAUGGACUUCUCGAAUGAGCUUCCUUUCAAGGGAAUUGGGUGCUCCAAGAGAGAGCAUUGUGAAAAUGGUCAAGAAACAUCCACAACUUCUCCAUUACAGUAUUGAGGAUGGGAUAUUACCAAGGAUUAACUUCUUGAGAAGUAUAGGGAUGCGUGAUUCUGAUGUCUUGAAAAUUCUAACUGGUCUUACUCAGGUGUUAUCACUGUCUCUGGAGAAUAACCUGAGGCCCAAGUAUUUAUAUUUGAUCCAUGAACUCCGAAAUGAGGUGCAAUCCCUUACUAAAUACCCAACGUACUUCAGCUUAUCCCUUGAACAGAGAAUACGACCACGCCACAAGUUUUUGGUUUCUCUCAAGAAGGCCCCAAAAGGACCGUUUCCUCUGAGUUCACUGGUCCUCACUGAUGAAUGCUUUUGUCAGCAAUGGGCUGGCACUAGUUUACAAAAGUACCAGGCAUUUAGGCAGAAUAUGAUGAUCUCAGACUUUGCAGAGAAAUUUCAACGAACAUGUUGAUCAUUUAGAAGAAAGGUCUUUUAUAUAACUGUUCAAACUGGCGUUGUAGAACUUCUUGGAAGGGGGAAAAGUCUUCUACUGCAACUUUAGAGACCCAUUUCAUCAUCCAUAAAGUGAUUAGAUCUAUGGCUUCAAUUCAGAUUCUGAGGUUUUCACUAUUACCAUGCAAAAAAGGUUUAUUAGUGUUUCCAAAUAUUUUGAAGCAAUCCUGGCCCUUGGCCCCAUCACAGUUUUCUUCGCAAGCAGGCGCGCAGCAAACUACAGCCCGAAAGCAAGCAACAAGCAACAGCUAGCACGAUCCUUUCCUCCUUUAUUUCUGUGGAAAACUCCCUGUUUCUAUCAAAGCCGAUGUGAUUUGGGGUAUGGGUCCUUCCAUCUCAAAUUUAUCUAUACCUCUCCUCAAAACCCUGCAACUGCAAUGAGAGUUGCAGUUGGGUCGUAUUAAAUUUGAAAUAAAAUCAGGUUGCUCUGCAACUGCAAUAAAAGGUGGUCAAAUUUGACUUGAAAUGCGACCCGAGGUGUAAUUCAGUUGAAUUGGACUUUUUAGUCUCUGAAAGGUAAUAGGGGGCUAUGUAAUUGGGAGAAAGAUUCUGGACAAUGUAAUCGGGAAGGAGAGGGGUGGAUUGGUCGAUGAGGCAAAGACAUACACAUUGAACAAACAGCCUUCAUCCUUGGACUUCAUAAGGGCGAAAAUACAAGCUUUUUUUGGGUAGGUCAGUGAGGAUUUGGCCCCCUCCCCUUUCUCAUUAUUAAGUAAGAAUGUCAUAAAAGAUAGAGAGUUUAUGGUACAAUUCUUUCAUUACGAUUCUUAGUAGCUGACUCAAUGCCGCAUCGGUUGACGAUGGAUAUUGUAGAAGUAUCUUUGGAACACGUUGAAGGUGUAAUCAAGAUAAGUUUGCCAAGGAUUAUAAAGAUCAAUAUGGACCAUGUGUGACAUAAGCUUUAUAUAUGCAUGAGCCACGGUCUAUUGAGUGAACAUAAAUUUGAAAUAUCUUAUAUUAAAGCAUGAGUCAAUUGUACUGUGAUUGAUCACAAGUGUGAACCACAUUGGACAUGUCUUUCUCGACAUAGGCUUUAUAGAAAGGCUGCAGUUGGUUUGUAUAGAGCUGAGGCUUUGAACAAUCAAAACAAAGCGGACAUUCAAAUACUGUCGAGAAAUGUGGUUUUAAUACUGGAAAUCU